UGGGCGAAAAACGGGCGACAUUCCUCGGACCUCGGUUCGGUUCACUUCGAGAUAGUUUCGUUUCUGGCUGAUUCGCGGGGAGCGGACGACAAAGGCAAAGGCAAACUGUCGCGUUCGUGGAAAAAUAAAUAGAUCGAAAAAGUGGGGCCCAGCGUGUUUUGAAAUCGCUUUUUGGCAUCGACAAGCCCCGGAGUGCAACUGCUGCACAUUACUCACUAAUUGAGCAGAUAAAAUGCGUGUGAUAAGUGCGGGAUAUUUCUAACAACUAUUAGCGCUGUAACUGGGCUCAAACGAGUUCGACCCGCUCGUGUCAGCGAGUUCUUGAAACUGUGCAGUGCAUGAAUCCGCGGCAGAAAGGAGUUCUCAUUGCAUAACCCUCAAAAAACAAUCCGAGCAUCCCUAAGUCAGUGCAAGCAAACUCAGCGAGAGAUACACAUGGGUGUACUUAUCUUAUAAAAGGCUCAUCAACCGAAAUCUUCUGUAAUUUGCUCAAUUGGCGCGUUGUCCGGCGAUCAGCGUUUGGUGAUCAAAGUGAAGUGCCCAUGCUGAAGAUGGCUUUUAGCAAGAUCGCCUUCUUGGCUCUAUUAGCCCUGAGUUCGCUGUGCGGACUGACCAGUGCCACCUACAAAGUGGGCGUGGGCCGAGCGGACAUCACAGGACCUCCUGUUGAGAUCAAUUUUAUGGGCUAUGCCAACAUCAAGCAAGUGGGUCGUGGCAUCCACACCCGGGUGUUCGCCCGCGCCUUCGUGGUGGAGGACGAGAAGGGCAACCGGGUGGCCUUCGUGAGUGCGGAUGCAGGGAUGAUGGGCUACGGGCUGAAGAGGGAGGUGAUCAAGCGCCUGCAGGCCCGCUACGGAAACCUCUACCACACGGACAACGUGGCCAUCAGUGGCACCCACACCCACGGAGCUCCUGGCGGCUUCCUGAUGCACCUGCUCUACGACAUCUCCAUUCUGGGCUUCGUGCCCCAGACCUUCGAGGUGAUGGCUCAGGGACUCUACCUGUGCAUCAAACGAGCCACGGACAACCUGGUGGACGGUCGCAUCUUCCUGUCCAAGACCACAGUGCUGAAUGUGAACAUCAACCGCUCGCCUUCCUCGUACCUGAGGAACCCCGCCGAGGAGCGGGCCCAGUACGAGCACGACACGGACAAGACCCUGACCCAGCUGAGGUUCGUUGACCUGGAGAACAACCUGCUGGGAGCCUUCAACUGGUACGCGGUGCACGCCACCUCGAUGAACAACACCAACAAGCUGGUGACCAGCGACAACGUGGGCUACGCCGCUCUCCUGCUGGAGAAGGAGUUCAACCCGAACAAGAUGCCCGGGAAGGGCAAGUUCGUGGGCGCCUUCUGCUCCUCCAACCUCGGCGACGUGUCCCCCAACAUAAUGGGUCCCAAGUGCUCGAUCUCCGGAAACGAGUGCGACCUGCUGACCUCCCGCUGUCCCGCCGGCGAGGGCGACUGCUUCGCCUCGGGACCCGGCAAGGACAUGUUCGAAAGCACCCAGAUCCUGGGUCAGAGGCUGGCGGACGCCGCCCUGGGCCUCAUCAACGAGCAGAGCCAGGAGACCACUGCCCGCGAGGUGACCGGAGACGUGCGGUUCAUCCACCAGUUCGUGGACAUGCCCAACUACAAUGGCAGCACCUACAACCCGCUGAGCAGGAAGAUCGACAAGAUCAGGGGAUGCCAGCCGGCCAUGGGCUACAGCUUCGCAGCGGGAACCACCGACGGACCCGGGGCCUUCAGCUUCGAGCAGGGAACCACCACGGACAACGCCAUGUGGAACUUUGUGCGCGACUUCAUUGCCGCUCCCUCGCAGGAGGACAUCAAAUGCCACGAGCCUAAGCCCAUUCUUCUGGCCACCGGCAGGGCCACUUUCCCCUACGAGUGGCAGCCGAAGAUAGUCUCGGAUCAGCUCCUGAAGAUCGGGGAUGUGAUCCUGGCCGCCGUUCCCUGUGAGUUCACCACGAUGGCGGGACGACGACUGAGGAACCAGAUUCGAGCAGCGGCCUCCGCCGCCGGGGGAAUCGACACCGAGGUGAUCAUCGCCGGACUGAGCAACAUCUACACCAGCUACACGGUGACCCCGGAGGAGUACCAGGCCCAGCGCUACGAGGCGGCCUCCACGAUCUUCGGGCCGCACACCCACUCCAUCUACAUGGACGUCUUCGAGCGCCUGACCAAGGCGAUGAUGCGGAACGAGACGGUGGACGCGGGUCCCAGUCCGCCGUACAUGAACGACGUGAUGCUGUCGCUGAACACCGGAGUGCUCUUCGACGGACACCCCAUAAACACGGACUUCGGCUACGUGAAGUCGCAGCCCAACAAGGAGUACGGCAUCAACGAGACGGUGAAGGUGACCUACAUCUCCGGGAACCCACGCAACAACCUCUUCACCGAGAAGACCUACUUCACCGUGGAGCGGAAGAUCAACGAGGACCGCUGGAAGGUGGCCUACACGGACGCCAGUUGGGAGACCAAGAUGAUCUGGCACCGCACCAACACGAUCCUGGGCUUCAGCGAGCUGGACAUCUACUGGACCAUCAGUCCGCAGACGCUUCCCGGGGAGUACCGCAUCCGGCACUCCGGGGUGUACAAGUACAUCCUGGGCGGAAAGUAUCCCUACGAGGGCCUCACGCACUCCUUCACAGUCAAGGAGGAUUAAGGGGACACAGAAGUAAUCCUAUAACUAUUCCUGGCCGGACUUUCAUCGGGCCCAUCAAAACAAAACCAACUCAGUGUUGGUAUUGUAUUUAUGUAUUUAUUUACCAUUUGUAAGUGACGAAGGAAAGCUUUAUUUUUGCUAGCGCGAAUUAAAAAGAUGCCAAAUUUUGUUGAAAAUAAA